AUGGGAAGGCAUUCCUUACAACAUAGCCUACAAUACCAUCAUUUGUAUCUUCGCUGGAGAGUCCGUAUAACCAAAUCCAAUGACUCCAUGAACUCAAAUUGGCUUCACUUUAUAUACGGCGACAGAAAGACAAACGAUUUAUUUGCGGCUAAAUUCAAGCAAAUCAAUAAAAAGCAUCGCUUGGCGUACUUACCGCCCAUUCUUCAUGAGUACGAACAGCUCAUCACCGAUCGGAUGCCUGAAGACAAAACGCAGGCCGAGGAGGAAGGCAUUAGUUUCUAUAAACACCAGUCGCUUAGAGACACCGGACCUCUCGUAGAGUCGGACACAACCAGAUCUCUGCCGAAGAAGUCGAUGGAGGCGUUGCCGACCGUUAGGUCCGAACUGGACUGGAAUCCCACCAAUGAAUCCAAGAUUAAUGACUUGUACUCCGAGUAUAACAUGAGUUUCAAUCCCGCUCAGGAGGACAGGGAAGUCAUGCGAUUGAAGUCAGUCUUAAUUGAUGACUACAUCUCUACAUCUCUUAUUACAAGUGAAGAGAGUGAAGAGAGACAGAAACCUAUGUUGGAGUGGAUUAAGGAUUGUCUGCUGAUCAGGGAUGAGGACAUCAUCAAGACUAAGGGCAAAGACGCUCUACAGUACCUACUCUUUCAGCGAUAUCUCAUUUAUUAUCUCAUAUUAUUGAAUCUCAUUUGUUUGGGAGUAGUUUUGCCGAUCAAUCUUCAGGGACAAGCGAAAUUGGGUGAUAAGGCCUACUCCAGGACAACCAUUUCCAAUCUGGGCAUUGCAUCAAACGUCUAUUGGAUUCAUUGUCUCAUAACUGUAAUGAUUGUACCCAUGGGAUUUUACACAAUGUAUCACUUCUCGAAACUAAUCACUUUAGACGUACAGAAAGUGAACCGAAAGACACUUAUGAUUGAAAACAUACCGAUCGGUAAACGAAAGACCAGUUUUUUGAUUAAAUACUUCAAACAAAAGUUCCCGAAAGCUGUCAUCAAUCGGAUUACAUUUGUUUACGACACGAGACAUCUCGAGUACCUCAAGAACCAGUUGUUGACGUCGAUUGAGGCCAAGAAGUUUUGCUUUCAGUAUAGACUUAUGUAUAAUCAGAGGUGCGAAGUGAGGCCCUACUGUUUGGGCAAAUUCGGGGGUGUGUUCUGUUGCUGCGGGUGUUGUCCCAAAUUAGAUGGUGUCCUAUACUAUGCCGAGGAAAAGGCUGAACUCACCACUGAAAUCAAGGGUGAAAUCAAACAGGUCUUAGCGCAACCUAAAGGCAUAGCAUUCGUGGUCUUCGAGAAGUACUCCAUGGCUAAGGAAGUUUUCGACGCGUUUGACACGAAGUUCUCGUUUUGUGUGUAUGUCUACGAUAUGGUCCGCAAAUUGUUUGACACCAAACCGGAUCCGAUGGAGACAUACAAAUGGAAAGUCAAUUAUGCGCCACUUCCUGAAGAUGUCGAGUGGAGUGAUAUAGCGUUGGACCAGAAAUACAGUUUUCUGAUGAAUAUUCUCAUGCAUGCGAUACUAAUCUUCAUAUUCAUGUUUAUGUCAACGCCGACAAUGGCUGUCGAGUUGCUUAUGAAACCCGUGUCCACCGAAGACUCCACUUUUUUGGCAACGCUCAGACAACAGGGAAAGCCGUAUAUGCUUAUGUUAAUGACAUCGGUUCUGCCAUCGCUGAUCACUUUAGUCCAGUACCAGAUCCCAUACACAACCAAAUCGGGGUUAAGUCACGCCUUAAUGUUCAAAAUAUACCUCUUCCUAAUACUUAUGGUACUAAUACUUCCCGCGUUGGGUCUCUACACGACAGCCAUACUGUUGGACAUAAUGCUCGGGGGCACUGAGAACAGGAUCAACUGGGGCUGUCUGUUCCCAGCGGCCAACAGCGCCUUCUUCAUCAACUAUGUCCUGUCCUCUGGUUUCGUGAGCAACACAUUCGAGAUCUUAAGGAUUCCCGAGUUAUCGAGUUAUGUCUUCUAUUUGUUUUACUACUCGCGAAGUGUGGCCGAGUAUGAGAGCGCCCGACAAAAGAUAGUCUUCCGGUUCUCGUUCGGCACGAAAUACCCGCGAAUGCUAUUAAUCUUCACGAUUGUCAUCACUUAUUGCAUAUCGAGUCCACUGAUAGCGCCGGCAGGCCUGUUCUACCUGACGGUCAAACAUCUGGUCGAUCGCUAUAACCUGUAUUACGUCUACAGCUCGACGCCUAUCAACAGCCGUAUGCACUCAACCGCCGUAUUCUUCGUUCAAAUCGCGUUCUUCUUCCUCUUGAUUCAGAUGUCGAUUACACUCAAUGCGUCCGAAGACCCCAAUCCACUCGUCUACCCCUCCAUUCCCUUAUAUAUCGGCGCCUUCCUCAUCGCCAUUAUGAUUGUCAUUAAGUUCUUCAGAUAUUUGUACACAAAAUAA